GCUGGCCCGGAUCGAUCAGUUAACGCCAUCCUCUGACCGCGGUAGGACAUAUCUUCGCGAGCUUGCGCCUUCGGUAGAAGUACACAUUCCGUAGACCCAACUCGGUGAAGGGUGUGUCAUAGCAGCUUACAGGCAGUACUCUGCUUCAGAUUCAAAUCCACAGUUCGAUUGUGUCUUGUAUCCGGAUACCGGAAAGUUGCCUUUCUAUUUUCCCCUCCCCUCCUACAAGUGAUUGAGUUAAGGCUGGUGGUCGCCAAUCGUGACCCGUUCGAACGUCUAAUCGUGUUCCCUUUCUGCACGCAAAACCGGAUUACACUAGAAAAUGGCAACCAAAAUGAAGAAGGAAAAAGUGGCCAUUAUUGGAAGUGGACUCAUUGGCCGCUCCUGGGCCAUGCUUUUCGCUGGCGUUGGCUAUCAGGUCACGAUCUACGAUAUCAUCCCGGACAUCGUCUCGAAGGCGCUGGUCGAAACCGAACGCGAGCUGAACAAGCUGGAAAAGGAAGGCCUACUGCGUGGCGCGCUUACGGCUGCGGAACAGUUUGCUUGCAUCAGCGGAACGGACAAUCUGAAGGCGGCCAUUACCGGUGCCCUGUACGUACAGGAGUGCGUCCCGGAGCGUUUGGACAUUAAGAAGAAGCUGUACGGGGAGGUCGAUGGUUUCGUGGGCCCCGACACGAUACUGGCCAGCUCCACCAGUACCUUCAUGCCGUCACUAUUCAGCGAGGACCUCAAGCAUCGCUCACAGGUUCUGGUCGCACAUCCGGUCAAUCCACCUUACUAUGUGCCGCUCGUGGAGAUUGUACCAGCACCGUGGACAAAACCGGAGUUCACUGCUAAAGCCCGUGAGUUAAUGACAGAGAUCGGUCAGAAACCGGUCACAUUAUCACGACAGAUCGAAGGCUUUGCCCUGAAUCGUAUCCAGUAUGCGAUCCUGAACGAAACCUGGCGCCUCGUUUCGGACGGCAUUCUCAGCGUGAAGGACAUCGACGUGGUAAUGUCGGAGGGUUUGGGCAUGCGGUACGCCUUCCUUGGUCCCCUCGAAACAGCCCAUCUGAACGCGGAAGGUAUGCUGAACUACUGCGAGCGGUACAGCAACACGAUCUACGCCGUCAGCGAAACGAUGGGUGCCACGCCCCGGAUGGAGGGAAAAGUGGCGGAACAGGUGGCUAAGGAGCUGGAGGAAAUGGUGCCGAUCGAGAAGCUACCGGAACGUCGUGCCUGGCGUGACGCCUGUCUAACAAAGCUGGCUCAGCUGAAAAAGAACAUCUAAAGACGCCUAGUAGAUGAGGGAUGGAUCCUGACAAACACAACUACACUCCAUUGUGUACUACGAUAUAAUAUGUUUUAUGUAAACUCUUAUGACCUUGUGCAUAAGUACAAUGCACCAAUAAACACAACAAACAAAGUAAAUAAGAAGGUGCCUCAUUUGA